AUGAUAAGAGAAAUUAAAACGCAACUACCCCAGGAGGGUACCGGCACUGCCGGAGAAUCCGUCCCUGAGUGCAACUCAGGCAGUCCCAUCGUAUCUGGGGGGGACAAAUUUCUCAUCGACGGCGAUGCGUUAUGCCACGGGUCACGUCAUGUCUCCCCUGUUUCCCCAAAUGGCAAAAAGAGGGCAAAGGAAUGCCAAAUUGCAACGAUGAAUGUUUGUGGAGGUAUGGAUAGUAAAAUAGACGAAGUAUGUGAGAUGAUGAGUGAAAGAAGAAUUGAUGUAUUAGGAGUAAGUGAAACAAAAAAGAAAGGCUGCUCUAUUACUACUUAUGACCGAUAUACUGGGUACUGGUCCGGAGUUAAUGACUCUGAAAGAAGCAGCCAAGGAGUGGGAGUUAUUUUGUCAGAGAGAAUGAAUGCAUCUGUUAAAGAAUUUGAAUUUGUAAGUCCUAGACUCCUCUGGAUACGAUUGAAAGUUGGUUUGACCCGUAUUUUUCUCCUUUGCGCUUAUGCCCCGGAUAUGUCCAAGCCACCAAAGGUCAGAGAGGAUUUCUGGGAUAGUGUAAGGGAGAUUAUGACUAAAUGUAAGGAGAAUGAAAGAAUUAUUUUGAUAGGUGAUUUUAAUGGCUGGGUGGGAAUCCGUCGCGAUGGAUAUGAAAGGAAUUUAGGAAUGUUUGGAGAUAAAAGAGUGAAUGAAAAUGGUGAAAGUUUAUUAGAAGUAUGCCUGGAGAGAAAUCUGGUGGUGACUAAUACUUUGUUUAGUCACAAACUGAUUCAUAUGUAUACAUGGCAAAGGCAAACUGAGAGAAGUAUGAUUGAUUUUGUAAUUGUGGAUGAACGAUUGAGAGCGAAAGUGAAGGAUACAAGAGUCUAUCGUGGUACGAAUGUCGGAACUGAUCACUUUUUGCGGGAUUUGAUAGAAUAUCUGCCGAAAUGCUUAAAGAAGGUGGAGAAAUCAUUGUAA